GGAAAAGGAAGAAUAGGAGCCGGAACUGGAGAGAGAGACGGGAAAGGAAGCGCAGCAGCAGCAGCAACAGCACGCGGUUUCCCCGCUCCGGCCGCAGCUGCCCCGGCUCCUGCUGCAUCGCCCCCUCCGGGAGCCGCAGGAUUUCCCAUUCCUAGGCCGGAUGGAGGAAGAGGAGGCUGGGAGGAAGAGGAGGAUGACCCAGGAGCUCCAUGCAGGGAAGGAGCUGAGGGCAGAUACCAGGGAGGAUGAGUCACUGCAGAACCUCGGUGAAGAGGCUCAUUCCGCAGAUGAGCAGAACCUCAUGGGAGAAGCUGUUUUGAGCAGUUCCACAGCACAGGAAUGCAAUGAGGAGGAAAAUCCCCGGAGAUCCCGCACAAGGAGAGGCUGCAAACGCAGCCCAGGGAGGUUAGAGGAGGAAAGGCCCACCCUGGGCCAGGAUGGCGGCCAGAGCUUGGAGCUGGGGAUCCAUGAGCAGCUUCACAAUGGGGAGAAGCCCCACAGGUGUGAGGAGUGUGGGAAGAGCUUCAGCCGAAACUCAGCCCUGAUCCGCCACCAAAGGAUCCACACUGGAGAAAGGCGUUAUGAGUGUGGGGAGUGUGGGAAGAGCUGCAGAGACACCUUUGAUCUGAUCAACCACCAGAGGAGCCACACAGGGGAACGGCCAUACGAGUGUGGGGAAUGUGGGAAGAGCUUUCAGAGAAACUCCACUCUCCUGAAGCAUCAGCAGACACACACAGAUGAGAGGCCCUAUGAGUGUCCCAAAUGUGGGAAGAGGUUUCAAACAAGCUGCCAUCUCCUCGUCCACCAGCGCAUUCACACUGAGGAGAGGCCCUUCCGCUGCCCUGACUGCAUGAAGGGCUUCAAAUAUAACUCCGACCUCGUCAAGCACCAGCGCAUCCACACCGGGGAGAGGCCCUACGAGUGUGGGGAGUGUGGGAAGAGAUUCACCCAGAAGUCGAACCUGAUUGUCCACAAGAGGACCCACACUGGUGAGAAGCCCUACGAGUGUGGGCAUUGUGGGAAGAAAUUCAGCCAGAGCUCUGAACUGAUGCUUCACCAGAGGAUCCACACUGGGGAACGGCCUUACGAGUGUCCCGAGUGUGGGAAGAGCUACAGCCGGAAUGAUCACCUGAUGAUCCACCAGAGGAGCCACACCGGGGAGCGGCCCUACGAGUGUGGGGAGUGUGGGAAGAGGUUUCAAAGCAGCUCAGAUCUCCUCGUACAUCAGCGGAUUCACACGGAUGAGAGGCCCUUCCGCUGCCCUGACUGCGGGAAGGGCUUCAAGCACAACUCCACCCUUGUCACUCACCAGCGCAUCCACACGGGGGAGAAGCCCUACAAGUGUCCCCACUGUGGGAAGAGCUUCAGUCAGAGGUCAGCCUUGACCCAACACGAAUGGAGGCACCACUAUGAAAGCCCUAUGAGUGCCCCAAGUGUGGGACAAGCUUCGUGUGCUGCUCCAGGUCCAUCCCCCAUGGGAGGAUUGGUUCUGAUCCUCAGUGACCCCAGUGGGCAGAGCCUCGGUAAUCCAUGGUGCCAGUGAUCCAUGUUGGGAAGACACCUGCCUGGGCUCUCCACAUCCUCCUGGCUGCCCAUGGGCACCUGGACACAUCCACAGACCAACAUCAGAAAUUCAUUGUGGAGAGCGGAUUUGUCGACUUCUGACCCCAGAAGAAUCUCCUUUUGCUGCUUCUGGUGGCAUCAAACAACACUGGAUGGCCUUGUAGGUCUUCUCCAACAUAAAUCCAUCCUUUUAAUUCUCCCUGACCCACAGGCAUCUUCUACAGCCAAACAGGGAUGAAUUUGGGAAAAACCUCUGAUUUUGGAUACAGUAGGGUGGAAACCCCUCCAAAAAGGUUUUUCCCACCCACCCAAGCACAUGGAUGCUCUGCUGUCAGGGACACAUAAAUCAUUUUGUUUUGGCCUUGAAAUGAAAAGGUUUCUGUUCAUCCUUUUGAAACUCCUGAAACUGGGGUAAAAAUGGAUAUGGAUGGGGACUUUUGGGGGACAAUGACAUGGAUGGGAACAUGUGGGAAUAUGAACAUCAACGGGGACGUACGGAUACAUGGAUAUGAAUAGGGACAUUUCACCAGUGCAGUGUCAGCCAAAUGUCACCACCCAGCAGGGCGGGACGGGGAACUUGUUCAGCUGGUGACAAGUGGCCCAGAAGCAAGUCACCGCCACCAGGGUGUCCCAGGGCCACCGCGCUCAGGAGACUCCAACUGCCCCUGGGGACAAGAGUCAGUGUCACCCAUGGGGGUCAUGUGGUCCUGUCACCAGAGGCAUCCUGGUGACAGUGUCUGCACAGGUGUGGCAACAUUGUCCCCUGAUGUGUGUCCUGGUGGCAUCAUAUCCCCAUCCCCUGCCAUGGCUACAUGUCACCCCUCUGUGUCUUCCUGUCCCCCCUGUGAGUCCCUGUCCCCAUAUCCCCUAUGUGUCCCUGUUCCUGAUCCUGGCUGGUCCCUGGCCAUGUCCUGCAGGGUGUCCCUGUGUCCCUCAAGGUGUUGCUGUGUUGCUCAGGAUGUUCCCGUGGCUGCUCCUGCCACAGAGCAUGUGGGCCCGCUCCAGCACAGGAAAGGAUGUGCCAUGACACCCACUGACACCCUGUGACACACCAAGAUAUCCUUUGUCCUCUGAUUUUUGGUUCCCCCCCCCUUCCCCUAUUUUGGGUCUUUUCUCCCUCUUUUGGAUCAUUUCCCCCUCUUUUGGGUCCCUUACCCACUAUUUUGCAUCCUUUCCCCCCACUUUGGAUCUUUUAUCUCUUUUCCAUUCUUUCCUCCAGAUUUAGGAGCCCUCCGCUUGCUUUUGGCACAUUGUUGGGUGGAUCCCGCCCCUCCAACCCCGUCUCCACCCCUUACCCCUCUGACCCUCCUCCCCCUGUCCCCCCAGGCUUUCCCCCACCUUUGUCGCCAACUGUCCCCCCUGCACCACAUGGACUCUGUGCUCACCACCCUAGACACACCCACCCCUCAAAUCAUCAUCGCAGCAUCCUGGGACCCCCAGCUGUCACAUGAGGGGGCCUUCAGGAGCCACUGUGACCCUGCAGUCAUGCGCAGGGGUGACCUGCAGUGUCCCCCUGGUGUCACAGGCACAUCCCCAGCGGGAGAAGUGACAUCAAACCCAGAGGAGGAGAACGAGGUGAGGGUGUGACUGAAACUCCUGCCUGGUCAUGGGGAAGCCAAGAAACAGGGCCAAGCAUGAGCACAGCAGUGUAGGUACUGCAGGGACGGGAGGGGGACAGUCCCCAAAGACUCUUCAGCAGGAACGUGACCCUUCCAUCCCUUCAGGGGAUGCUGCCGCCGAGGUAGUGCGUGGGAUGCGGGGUUGUGCAGCAUCCUUGGGGGGAUUUGGGGUGGUGGAAGUGGCAGGGGGUGACCCCAAAAAUUUAGUCACACCAUCCCCCCCUCAGCGCCGCAGGAUAUGUGCCCCCCCCCCCCCGUUUUGGGGCGUUUGGGGUGCUGGUGGGUGGUGGUGACAAAAAGCGCAGGUGCCACCUCAUGGAUGGCACAGAGAGGGUUUUCCUACGGUGGCAUCAACCCCUCCCCACUGAGGGGCACCCAGGGUGGGAGUCAGGAGUGUCCCCAAGGUGUGGGGGGAGCAGGGAGCGGAGGGGAAGCACAGUCAGGGCACGGCAGAAAUGCCUCCAGUCCCACCUGCACCUGGGGCAUGGGGGUGGUGGGGCACUUGUCCCCCUGUCCUGUGUUCUCCUGGCACCCUGUCCUCCUGUCACCCAGUGUCACCUCUGCUGGGCAGCAAGGGGUGGUGGCACCCGCGAGGAUGUCCAGGUGUAUCCGCACUCGCCCACUGUGGGUGUGGGUGUCAAAUGUGACCUGGGGACACUGGGUGGCACUGACAUUGGCAUUGUCACUGGCACUGUCACCAUCACUGUCACUGGCACUGUCACUGUUACUGUCACAGCACUCGCUGGCUGCCCCCCAGGGCCUGCAGAGGGAUCGGGGGACAGCCAAGGCACAGAGGGACACUCAAGACGGACACAAGGGGGACAUGAGUGGGAUAGGAUAUUUAUUAGGGACUUUAGGAUAUUUGCAGACACUCGGGGACACUUAGGGACACUCACGGUGACACUGAAGGUGUAUCAGUCAGGGAUUUCAUGGUUCAGCAGUGUUUGGAUGUUCAUGGCCAUGAGCUGGAACUCCACAGUGACACUGAUCAGCCUGAGGGGACAAAAAACAAUCCAGGAGGCCCCAAAAUAAAAAAAAAACCACCCCAUAUCCCUGAAAUUGCCCCAAAAAAUGAAAAAAUUCCACCUCAAAAUCCCAAAAUAAACCAAAGAAAGAGGAAAAUUUCUCCCCAAAAUCCCCAAAGGAACAACAGUAAAGGGAACAAAUCUGCUCCAAAAUCCCAAAAAAAUCCCAUGAGUUCUCAAAGUCCCAAAAAAAACACCAGAAAAAGGAAAAAUUCCAUGCUAAAAUCCCCCAGAAAUUCAAAUUUCACACCAAAAUCCCCCCCAAAAA